AUGAUCCCGAUCGUGGCGAAACGGGAGGUCUGCCACGAGGCGGCGGAAGGAGGCCAGCUGAUCAACAACUUUCCCAACGGUAUUUCGUACUUCUGGAAUCAGUCCGGGGGUACCUUUGCCGUUGGUGGAGAAAACCAAACGACACGGUUCCGGUCGCUGCUGCGGUUCGAACAGGCACACCGCUACGUGCCCGCGGGGGCAGUAGUGGAGGCCGCAGAGCUAUCGGUUACAUUCAUCAACUGGAACGCGCCGACUGCCGUACAGGCGUGUUUUAUGACUAAGAACUGGAGUGCCGUUGAGGGGCCCGCACAGAAGUACGUGGGUAGUUUAGAGGGGCGGGGAGAGGGGGGGGGAGGUGGAGCAUGGUCGGGGGACUUUGGGAGUUUGGGGUCCUUGGGCAAUGGAAGUGAUGAGGAGCUGUCCUGGGCUUGUCGAGUCGUGAAAUACACGUCCACUGGUUGGUUGUAUUACCGUUGGAACGGCACCGCAAGCGUUCCCUGGAGUCGCCCUGGUGGUUGGAACGACUGCUCCCCAGAAGUCAACAUCAGUUUUGUCGUACCGUCCGGGAACCGUAACGGUAAUUGGAUUCUGACGGUCCCGCUGGAUCCCGCCAUGGUUGCCAAGUGGCUCGCGAAUAAUGGACGGGACAACUACGGGCUUAUGUUUAGAGGCAUGAACGGCUCCGUACUGCAAAUCGUAACCUCCAUGUACAAGAACGGCACCCUCUACCGCCCCGCACUCUCCAUCACCUACACCACCAACCCCAACGCCACCGCCCCGCCAGCCCCCUCCGCUGCCUCCCCCCUCAACCUCACUGCCGUACCCCGGGUAUGGUGGGUGGGCCCUAACGGGGAUGACGAGGGGAACAGCGGCCACCAGGCGCUGCCGCUCAGAUCCCCUGCGGCGGCUCUGACACUGGCCUGGCCGGGGGACAGCAUCUACCUCAUGACGGGAAUAUACGGGGCCAGCCUCUCCAUCUCCAGGUCCAAUUUGACCAUUCGCUCCGCCCCCGGCCACUGGGCGGUGCUGUCGUCACCUUUGAGCGACCCGCGCUCGAGUGUCAACGUCAUCACCAUCUUCCCUGGAGCAGAUUACGGCAGCCUGACGGAUCUGGAGAUCACGGGCGGCUACUACUACGGCAUCAUGUUCUUCACUUCCUGGACCCACUGGUCCGACCACUCGGUGGGCUGGGCGGCACCCAGCCACUGGACCUUGAGGAACCUUAGAAUCCACGAUACAGGGAGCAGCAACAUCAAGAUGUCGGUUAAGGCCGUUAACAACAGCAUUUCAAAUUGCGAAUUUUACAAUGCCGGUGCAAGGCUCCGCACGUACGGCAAUGGUAUUGAUAUUGUACAAGGGUACGACAUUUCCAUAUCAGAUAGCUAUAUGCACGAUCUUCCUGCGGCUGCAGUCCUCCUCUCGGGCGGCUCGGCGCGCAUAACCAUGCAACGGAAUUUAGUGGAACGAACAGACCGCGGAUUCGAACUGGGUUCCUGGACCGAUACCGAUCUCAUGGAUCAGACAGUUAAUCCAGGCCUGUACGAGGCGGUUAACAAUACCGUUACCAACAACAUUAUUUCCGGAACUGGCGAGGCGGGUAUUAUUCUUCGCUCAGCGCAAAACUCCCUUGUCGCCCAUAACACAGUUUGGCGGGCGCAGGAAUACGGCCAAGCUGCCGUACUUUUGGACGGGUCGUACCACGUACUAACCGCCGGCGGUCCAAACAUACCUGUGCCAUGUGCGGGGGUAGCCAUCAUAGGAAACCUCGUGAUCACCUCCUCCACAUCGAUGCGGGGACCGCUCGUACAGAUCCGCAGUACUGGCCUGGAUACAAAUUCAACCAUCGCAGCGCUCGUCAUGUCGUACAAUAUGUACUACAACGAAGCGGGACUGGGUCCUACGAAUGGCAGCUUCUUUUGGGGUACGGGAGCUAUGUUGGAGGAUCAGCGGUCGACAAGCAAGUUUGUUGGAAAUGCAAGUGGCUGGGCAGCGCAUUGCGGCACGCGGCUUAAACAGGCAAUGUGCGAUGUGGGGAGUGUGGAGGCGGAUCCAAGGCUAGAUGCGGGUUUUGCGCCCCUGCCUUGCAGCCCCGCACGCGGCCGAGUCCCCGCAACCCUCGACAUCUCGGCUCUGCUGCAGCUCAACGUCUCCCUAGCUAAUGCGUUACUGCAGCUACAGCCGAAGUACACUAAUGCUACGGCGAAGGGUACGACAACAGUGACGCUGGUGGAUGAUGACUUCCACGGCCGGCCGCGGCCCGCCGGUGAUGGCGCGCGAGACGCUGGUGCCGUACAGUACGGCGCCGCCGGUACUGUCAAGUCCUUCCCGCCGGUGCCGCUGGCAUUUGCCGGCCGGCCGCCGUACCGCGGCAUUGGCAUGGGCCCUAUGUUUGACAAGGCCUGGCCGUACUAUUUCUGGCAGCCGCGAGUGUGCAAAGACAUCAUCGUUGACUCCAUCAACGGCAAUGACAGUCAACCGUUUGACUACUACAGCGGCUACACCCAGCCGUUCCAAACGCUGGCUGUAGCACUAACGCGACAUAGCAUGUGUGAUCGUAUCUUUCUGCGCGCCAGCCCCGGACAAUAUCAUGUGGGUGCUGUCACGGUGGCGCAAACCAACCUCACCAUCGCCACGUACCCGGGCGACUCGCCGGCGCGCGCCGCCCUCAUGUGUACGAACACGAGUACGAUGCCGUGUUUGUUUAUGUACGGCGGUGCUACUGCACUUAAUAUAACGGGCGUUGAUAUUGUGAUGGCCGGUCCCAACGUAACGGCUGCCAGCUGCAUCCAUAUGAAUGAGGGGGCGGGUAGCGGCUCCAGUUUCUAUUGGUCGUACUUCUCCGAAACCAGCGGCAGGGGAGGCAAUGGCCCGCGGGUAUCCAUCUUCAAGGACAUGAACCUGACUAAUUGUGGUGUCCACGGCAUUAAGUUGAGCACCUACGUGACGGGUGUGGUGCUGGAGGACAUCGCCAUCACCAACACCUCCUCCGCGGGCAUCAUGGUGGUGGGGGGGAGAGACAUCACCGUCCGCAGGUGCCGCAUCUCCAACGUGGCGGAGUCCGGCAUCCGAGCGGGCGGCGGGGUCCGUAACCUGCUCCUGGAGGGGAACCUCAUUCGCAACUACGGCGGUGUGGGCAUCCUGCUGGGCAGCGAGGGCAACCUGGCCUCAUACACGGAUACAGACUGGGCACGGAUGGUGCCUGAGGACUGGCACGAGUGCAUCAAUGCGACUGUGCGGAACAACAUCGUGGACUCCGGGGCAGGCGCGGGAGUUGCUUUCUACUCUGCCCGGGAUUGCACUGUCGUCCACAACACCUUCCUCAACGUGGCGGCGUCCAUGCAGGCUGCCGUACUGCUCAAUGUCAGCCCUAAGCAGAUCGGGCCCACGGCGGAAGUUGGCCCCCCGAACACCAACAUCACCUUCAAGAACAACAUUGUCACGAUGCCGGCCGGGACGCGCCUGCGCUUCAUGGUCCAAACUCGCAUCCUCCAAGGCGCUGUCGUACAAAGGUCGUUGGUUUCCGUACCGCCAUCCGGCAAUUGCUCGUCCAAUGCCACCGUCGCUGACGUGACUCAGAUGCCGCCCAUGCGGCCGCCGUCGCCGCCAGUCAGCCCGGCGGCACCAGGGCUGAGCCGACGGCGGCGGCAGCAGCAGGAGAAGGAGGAGGAGGAGGAGGUGGAGGAGCAGAUUGCAGUGGCAGAAGCGGGCGGAUCGAUGGCGGAGGCGAUGGCGGCGGCAAAGUCGGCUGCGUUUGCGCCAUACGGCAAGGGCGGCGCUGGGAGCUGGCAUGGCCCCGGCGGAGCGCGCGUCGGCGCCUGGGAUGCUGCGGUACGGCCCGCCGCCUCCACUGCCGUCGUCACUGCCGCGGCCAAGAUGUCCGACGCCGCUGACGUCACGCCCGCUUGGUACGGACGAGAAUCCGUCGGCCCAGCAGCGUCGCCUGCCGCACACGACACUGACGCCGCGGCGGCGUUGGCGGCUGCCGCCGCGGCCACAGCCGACGCGGCCGCCGCCAGCGCCGCCGCUAAGGCGGCGGCAGCCGACGCCGUCGCAGCGGCGGCUACCGCCGCCUACGCGACCUACAUCACGCCCACCUCGUCCCUCUUGGACAGCGAUGACGACGCCGGGCUGCCGUCUGCCCAUCAUCGCCGCCGCCGGCUGGUGUCCGUACCGGCGUCCUUCACGAAGCCGUACGUGUACUCCACGGUGGAGCAAGGCCGUAACCCCGACGGCUCCUGCCCCUUCUUCCCGGACUCCAACCCCUGGCACCAGGAUGUGUCGGGCUUGGCCGUACAUCCCAGAAGCGAAGCCAUCAAGAGCAACAUUGGAUUCAAAAAUUUGCAUCUGGACUUCGGUUUUUCAGUUACCAUCAACGGCACAACGUUCCCCGCGGGUAUGCCCAUCAACUAUGUAAACAGCAGUGUAACCCCUCGCUUGCCGCAGAUUGUGUUCGGCCCCAGCGGUUACGGCGAUCCCAACGAGUUGGAGCCUGGCGGCAGUCCCAUCCCAGCGGACGCUGCCGUACAGAACUCAUUCCCCGGCUGUGGUGACCCUCCUUGCUGGGGAGAUCGUCAUUUGAUUGUCAUUGAUAACGCCACGUGUACGUUGUACGAGGCAUGGAGGAGCUUCCCGCCCUCCGUCACCGGCAACGGAGCCUGGCAGGUGGAGGCUUUGCUGCGUUUCAACUUAUCCCGCAACGCCCUGGACCACGCGCUGGGCGCCACGUCAGCCGACGCAGCCGGUCUGCCGAUCAUGCCCGGACUGCUUCGCUACGAUGAGGUGGCGCGGGGCCACGUGGACCACGCGCUGAGGUUCACGGGACCAAGCUCGCGACCCGCGUACGCCAUGCCCGCGACCCACUUCGCCGCCAUUGGCGACACGGGGCGAGACUCGCCGUACAUGGGCAUGCGUGUACGGCUCAAGGCGUCGUACAACUGCUCGCAGUUGGCACGUGCUGCGGAGGUGGUUUGUGAGGCGUUGAAGAAGCACGGCGCAUUCUUUGCGGAUAACGGCCUUCCCUGGGAUUUCGCGGGUGAGGGCACAUCCAAGUGGUACCCCAUUUGGAACGAACUGAAGGAGGUCAUGAAGAUCAAUUCGACGUACAUGGAGGUCAUUGACCCAGGCUGUAUCUGUGUCAACUACGGCUGCACUAUCGCCGAAUGCAACGGGAUGUCCUGGGUCGAUCCCAACGCCCCCGCCACCUACCCUGCCAUCGUCGACCCCGCCACCACCCUGCACUUCGCCAACAACAUAUACUACAAACCCGGCGACAGCGAAAUCGCCAACACCCUCUACGUGGACCAGAGGGUGCCGCCGCUGGGGGAGGGCUACGCCAGCGGCAGCUUGGCGGGCUGGGGGCAGUACCUUGGCGGCGGUAAUGAGGCGGGGAGUGUGGAGGCGAACCCGCUGAUAGAUCCGGAAAGUUAUGCGCCGUCGCGGGAGAGUGUGGCGCGGUGCGCGGCGCCGCUGCUGGCGGAGGCGAGUACGGACUUUUACGGUCGGUCCCGCGGGGCGAUGUGCGGUACGGAUGUGGGCGCGGUGCGUUACAUUUUGGCGGCUUCGGUCAUUCGGGCCGUCCUAGCUGUCGGAGGCGGUUAG